AUGGCACCCUCGACUUCCCGUUUCCGCCUCAUCGGUUUCCUCUCGCAGCUCUUCCACGGCGGUGCGACCUAUCUUCGCAACAGGUUGAGCAGUCUCAUCUCUGGCGCAGCCUAUCCCCGUAACAGGCUGCGCAGUAUCGUCUCUAACACAGCCAUCUAUAUCGCCAGGCCGGUCAUCUUGUCUCACUUGUCCUCCACCAAGGUCGGCACCCUGAUCCUCAUCGAUGAACCUUAUAGAGAACGCCAUGUCUUUGGCAGGCCGCUCGACGAUGUCAAGGCCACUGUCUCCCCGGCUAACGACCAUGUGAACAUCGAUCGUGAUGGCAACAACAACACCAACGACAACAGCAACACCGACAGCAAAGACAACGCCAGCGUCGACAGCUACGGCGCUGCCUCCCUCACCAACCCCAUCGUGACCCUCACCGUCACCUCUCCACUCUUCUACCCCCGCCUCCUCCUGCUCGCCGACAUGGGCUUCGCCGAGUCCUACCUCCUCGAGGAGGUGACCUGCGACGACCUGACCGCCUUCUUCCGGCUCUUCGUCCUGAACCGCGCGCGCCUCAGCAACGGCACCACCCGGCUGUCCUCCCUGCUUAGCACGGUUCUCUCCCCCAUCGCGACGCUCAUCACCCGCUCGACAGCAACAGCAACAACGCCCAACACAGCCGAGGCGGCGCUCCGCAAUGCCGCAGCGCAUUAUGACCUUGGAAACGACCUGUUUGCGGCAUUUCUGUCCCCCGACAUGACCUACUCCUGCCCGAUCUGGCCGACCAAAAAGAAGGGAGAAGACCCCCUCUCCACAGCCCAACACACCAAACUCACCCACCUCCUCUCCCACCUCCACCCCAAACCCACAGACCACAUCCUCGAGGUCGGCACGGGGUGGGGCUCCCUCGCCAUCGAAGCGGCGCGCCAGACGGGCUGUCGCGUGACUAGUGUGACGCUGUCAAGGGCCCAGAAGGCGUGGGCUGAGAAGAGGGUGCGAGAGGCCGGGCUGGAGGGGAGGGUGCGGGUUUUGUUGAGGGAUUAUAGGGGGGGUGUGGGCGAAGCUGCGGGUGACGGUGCGGACGAUGCUGGGCGGUAUGACAAGAUCGUGUCGGUGGAGAUGGUGGAGGCGGUCGGCAAGGACUUUCUGGCGACAUACUUUCGCACCGUCGACCGGCUGCUCAAGAAGGAUGGGGGCAUCGCCGUGUUUCAGUGUAUCACCAUGCCCGAGGGCCGACAGGCAGCGUAUGAAGGGAGGGAAGAUUUCAUCAACCGCUACAUUUUCCCGGGCGGGUACAUCCCGUCCGUCACGCAGCUGCUGAACCACAUCACUACCGAGUCCAAGGGCACGCUUGUCGUGGAGAAUGUCGAGAACAUUGGCGGCCAUUACGCAAAGACGUUGCGCCUCUGGAGGGAGCGGUUUCUUGCGAACUUCGAGGACAAUAUUCGCCCGGCUCUGAUGAGGGACCAUCCGGACAUGAACGAGGAAGACAUCGAGGUGUUCCGGAGAAAGUGGGAGUACUACUUUUCGUACUGUGAAGCCGGCUUCCAGACCAAGACGCUUGGAGACGUCAUCAUCACUGUCGGUAGAGAGGGCGCCAUGGAGCUUAUGGAGGGCAUUCCUCUCUAG